AUGAAACUCCUCAUCCUCACCUGCCUCAUGGCUGCUGCUCUUGCUAUGCCUAAACUUCAUCACAGAAAUGCAGUAAACAUUCAAAAUCAAUACCAGGACAGCUCUGAGGAACAACAGGAGUCUGUCAAACUGCCUAUGUAUCUCAAGUUCACUGAGCAGAGAGCUAUUCUGACAGAACAGAGUGAUGAAAUCAAGGAACAAGCAAUGGCAAGCGCUCAGCAGGCAGUCGCCAGCACCAGCUCAUCAAGCGAGGAAACUGUGAAUGCUGUUUCCAAUGUCAAUGAGCAAGCUGCCCUGGCCCAGAGACAGCCUAUGAGUGUAGUGGAUCAGGUCUUUCCACAAUUCUACCAGCAGUAUGAGACCUAUCCCUUUUGGCCUUUUAUUCCACAAGACGUACAGCACAUUACUCCCGAAUCUGUUCUUAACACUGCCAAGCCCAUUGCCCCCAAGACUGCUGGAGAAACCAAAGCGUGGUGGUAA